AUGAACUCCGCCCGCGUCGCAACGGGCGGCGGCAGAAAAGUCGGAGGCAGUUACAUGAAACUCUACCAUUGCAAGGGCGCUCGAUCAGUCCGUCCGCUCUGGACAUUGGAAGAAAUGGGCCUCGACUAUGAAUUGGAGUCGAUGAAGUUCCCGCCCCGGUUCCUGCGAGAUGGCUAUACAGACCUCAACCCCAUCGGAACUGUUCCCUAUUUCGUUGACGGCGAUGUUGAGAUGACAGAAUCCGCCGGCAUCUCGCAAUAUCUUGUGGAUGUGCACGGGCCGUCGGAUAUCGGCCUGAAGCCCGGCGACAAAGACUAUGGACCCUAUCUCAACUGGCUUCACCGAAGUGAUGCGACGCUGACAUUCCCGCAGACGAUUGUUUUACGCUAUACCCAGCUGGAACCGGAAGAACGCCGGAUCAAGCAGGCAGCAGAUGACUAUGCCCAAUGGUUCUUUUCACGUCUGAAGUCAGUGGAGCUGGCAACGGCAGAUCGCGAGUAUCUGUGUGCAGGUCGGUUUACCAUCGCCGACAUUUGUGUGGGCUACGCCCUCUACCUGGCCGAUACGCUGGGCUUCCGCGAAGGCUUCAAACCGAAUACUGAAAAAUACUAUGCACGAUUGACAGAGCGCCCAGCUUUCCAGCGCGCCAUCGAACUAUAG